ACAGUUAAAGUGACAGUCGAUAAUGCAGGAGAAACAGAGUACAAGUGUGGAGCAUACAGGAGAAACUAUGACUACUACUACAACAACUACUACAACUACUACACAGAGCUCAGUGAUCCUGUCAAGAUUACAGUGAGAGAGAGACCACAGGCAGUACUGAGUGUAUCUCCACACAGCUGGCUGACUGAAGGAGACUCAGUGACUCUAAGCUGUGAGGUUACAGACUCCUCUACAGACUGGACAUUCAGCUGGUACACAGUUGUUCCCUACAGAGACGGAUUAACUGAAAUAAAGAAUAAUCGUGGCUAUAUUGUGUAUGUGGAGCUCAUCUCAGACAGCAGCAGAGGAUCUGGAGGCAAAUAAACUCUCAGUCCUGCUGCUCUUAUACACACAGGAGUUUAUAUGUGCAGAGGAGAGAGAGGAGAACCAGCCUUUUACACACAGUACAGCAAUCUACAGCCACUAUGGAUCACUGGUGAAUCUCCUCCAGUCUCUCUGAUCAUCAAUCCCAGCAGAACUCAACACUUUACUAAAGACUCUCUCUCACUGAGCUGUGAGGACCAGAGUAAGUCUACUGGAUGGACAGUGAGACGAUACACACACAGUGAGAGAGUGUUAGAUUGUUCACACUGGGGAUCAGUUACAGGAUCUACAUUUAACUUCAGCUUCCUCUCCACAUCCUACACUGGAGUUUACUGGUGUGAGUCUGAAUCUGGAGAAAACAGUAAUCCUGUCAACAUCACAGUGCAUGAUGGUGGUGUGAUCCUGGAGAGUCCUGUCCAUCCUGUGACUGAGGGACAUCCUCUGACUCUACGCUGUUUAUAUCGUACACAUAAUGCCUCAAACCUCACAACUGUUUUCUAUAAAGAUGGAUCAGUUCUCCAGAACCAGACUACAGGAGGAAUGAUCAUCCAAAGUGUCUCAAAGACAGAUGAAGGUUUCUACCAGUGUAAGGUUUCUCCACAGAGUAGAAAGUCACUGAAAAGCUGGGUCUCAGUCAGAUGUUCUAGGUCCACUAGUACAACCUUAGCUUCUAUUCUGAGUUUGGCAUUUCUGAUCAUUUUAUUAAUCUUACUGCUGGGGUUCUGCAAAAUAAAGAGAGAAAAGCAGAAAACCAAUCAGACAUCAGAACAGAAUCAGAGCCGAUCAGGAGCUGAAGACUCUCAGUCAGGACACACACCACUUCAGGCUGGAAGUGAUAAUAUUUAUGACACGGUGGAACAGGCAGAUAUGAGAGGAACAGGUGAAGCUGCAGCUGAGAGCAACGAAGCCACUUACGCACAGGUCAUGAAGGAAAAGAAGGCAAAGAGGAACAAUGAUCUUGAUGGUGAGCUCAGUGGUGGUGAUGUGACUUAUGCUCAACUUGAAGUACAACCAAAGAAGUCGUCUAUGCAAGAAAAAGAAAAGGCCAGUGUGGAUGCUGAUACUUUAUACUCAGCAGUGAAGCUGAACAACAAGUGAGUCAUGUGUCGGUGUAUGGAGCUGAUGGAGCUGUGGUUAUAUGACAUGUUAUUUCUGUUACUUCUGUUUUCUUUUGCUUAUGAGCACUUUCUUUCACCUAUCUCCCUCAUAUGUAAGCACAUACCUGCAUUUAACUGUGUACAUAUAGAAUAACAAUCUUUUAACAAUUAUUUAGUGCAGUCCAUCAUGGUACACAUGAAAACGUGUUUGGCCAGAUGAAAAUCCUGAGCUA